CUGAGUAUACUGAUGAAAUGUAUACAGUAUUAUUGUUGUCUCACAGGCUUGUCAGCUCAGUCUGUAUUUCCCACGGGAGUAGCCAUGUCAUAGCAACUUGAUUACGUCAUAGCUAACCUUGAUCUUUAUGUUAUUUAAUCUUUUUAAUGUGUUUACUCCCCAGUUUUCUUUAUAUACAAGGAUCCAUUAUUUAUUUUGUUUCAUGUUUUAAAAAAUGACGGCAACGAAAUUCAUAACCAAUAUAUUAUUGGAAACAUUAGCAUAGGUUUCCUCUGCCAAAAGCUGGUGCGAAAUUGCUUUUUGCCAUACUAGUUUGAUCGGCAGCAGUAGUGCGCUUAUUUAGUUGCGGAAACGAAUGUUACCUUCCGCUUGUUAACCUCUGUGUACAUCAGUUUGCGUGUCAUUCAGAAAUUACUCGGAUUAACCAAAUUAUUAGAUACAGUUGAUGGACAGCGUCACACUACUAUAUUCUGAAAUCAAACAAAUGGACCUAAAUAGCAAUGAAAGUAUAUAUACCGCUGUUAAAGAAGCACAUGCUCGGAUUUCCAACCACAUAAGGAAGACUCCAUUAGAAUAUUCCGUACAUUUGUCAAAGAAAACGGGAUGCAACGUUUACCUAAAACUAGAAAACGAACAAAUAACUGGGUCUAAUAAAGCACGGGGAGCUUUCAAUAAAGUAUUAUCAUUACUGGAAGAUCCUGGUCAUCAAGGAAAGAGUAUAAAAUUUUUUGCUGUUUCUUCUUGUGGAAACCACGCUUUAGCAAUGAUGCACGCACUAAAUCAAACGGGACAGAUAGGUGAAGUAUACGUCCCUACGUUUGUAAAGAAAAAUAAAUUGGAUGACCUAGAAGCAAGGGGAGCAGACGUUAGAAUUCGUGGUGACGACAUGGACGACACUGAAAUCUUUGCUAGAAAAGAAGCAGAGACUAGGGAAGGAGUAUUCGUUUCAGCUUAUGGUGAUCCAGAAGUACUUGCAGGACAAGGAACCGUUGGUUUGGAAAUUAUCUCCGAGUUGAAACACGUCGACGCCAUUUUUGUGUCUGUUGGAGGUGGUGGGAUAAUCGGUGGAAUAUCAUCAUAUGUGAAACAUAUUAGUCCACAUACUAAGGUUAUUGGAUGUAGCGCAGAAGCUUCAAAUUGUAUGGAACAAUCCAUAAAACAUGGAAAACCCAUCAAUAUUGUGAGCAAAUCUACUUUGGCAGAUGGACUUGUCGGAAAUAUCGGACUUGAUAGUAUAACUUUUUCUGUCUGUCAACGCAACGUUGAUAGAUGGAUCACUGUGACGGAAGAUGAAAUUUACAAAGCCAUGUUCAUAAUGCUAAAUGAUCAUCACAAGGUGGCAGAAGGGGCAGCUGGUGUUGCACUUGCUUCUUUCCUGAGAGUUCAAGAAGAAUACAAAGGCCAAAACGUUGUUGUUCUGAUUUGUGGUGGUUACGUAUACGCAGACGAUCUGGCUAAAGUGAUUGAUUACUGCAAAUAGAACAAAGCUGCAAUCAUUGAAAUGCUCUAAUUAUCUUGUGAACCGGAAUAGAUGUUUUCCUCAGCGACUUUCUUGUUUAAUACCGUUUUUUUUUAAAUUUAAGUGCAUAAUGGACAGAAUGGCAACGGUGACAUAACAAUUCAAUUUUAUCACUUUUAUUUUCAGGCAUGGUAGUAAACAUUACUUCGUUUUGAAUUAUGUGUGUUAUCACUCCACCACUAAUAGUAACAACUUGAAUCACAUAGGUCAUAGAUUAACAUCAUAUUUUCAACGGGAUUUCUGAAUAAAACAUACUUUCACCUUACUUACUGUUACCGAUUUCCCCCCAAAAUAAGACCUAGCUUUAAUUUAAAAAAUGAUUUUAAUAUAAGCCCUUCCCAUCAAAUAUGACCUAGUCGAUAGCGCAAAUUUUUUUUCUUAGUCGAUAGCAAGAGACUAGUUAUUCUCUACUUUGGAGUUUUGUUUCUGAUCAAUGAAAAUAAAAGUUAUUUUAUAAGUGUUAUUUUUCGAAUAAAAAUUGAAAUGAGACACUGUCUUAAUUUCGAGGUAUUUCAAUUAGUAAUUUUCACAGUUUUCAUCUAGUAUUUUUACACUUUAAAAAACAACUUUUAAUACACAAUAACAUUCAUUUAAUUCGUCAAGUGAAUUUUUUUUAUAUCAUAUAAUGUUCCUCUAUCAGUCUAUCACAUAGUAUCUUAUAGCACAAACUGCAAUUUUAAAACCCAUUUCCAGCCCCGUUUUAAUUUUCGAUAUAUAAUUAUCUCGUUAAGAAAAAUAAAGUACAACGAAAUUUUAUAUCGUGUGUGUGCCUUGUUUUUAUAUAUCAUUUAAUACAUCGGUUCCCAAAGGGUGCGCGCGGCGCAUUAGUGCGUAGUGACGAGUGGAUAGGUGCGCCGCGAAAAUUGACAGAAUAUUUAAGAUAGUGUAUUUAUUACAAAAGUUCUUUUGUUCCUUAUUUUAAAUGUUGUGUAUAUAAAUCAAUAAAUUGCUUUUUUAUGUUG